AUGAUCCAGCUGAUACUAUUGGCUAUUCUCUCCAUUCAAGGGAUUGAAGCUCAAGUAGCUCCUUAUGCAAGGAGUUUAGGUAUCAGCGAUUUAGAUUUAUUAAGAUAUUCUCCUAUUGUUCCCGGAAGAAAAAUUCGCGUUCGAGCAAAUGGAGUCGUCCAAGACGAGGUCGAUGAUUAUAAUGAUUUUGAGGUCGAAGCCUUAGCAAACGGAAAAGGAGCUAAAGCUAACCAUGAUUUGAAACAAGUAACCUAUAGACCAAUUCCUCAAGAAUACAAUAUUCCGUCGCUCGAUGUUGAGGAACGAUCGCUGAGCUCUUCAUCAUCGUCUUCAGGAUCUUCAUCAUUAUCCAUGUCUUCUAACCAAGCGGCUAUUCCAACCUUAUCUCCAGUUCCACAGAAAACUGCUCAACAGAGAGUUGCCUUGCAAGGAGUUCCACAACGACAAGGAUACUUCUUCCAACAUUAUCCAUGGGAUCGUCUUCCUCACCGUUAUCUUGUUCGCCCAGGAUUCCAAUAUACUUACCCUGCUCAGUAUUCGAAUACCCAGUAUUACUAUCCCGCUGGUUUACCAUACAAAGAUCCUUACAACAUUUAUGCAUCAGCAAAUGGAUGUGGAGGUGGAUGUGGUCAAGGUUGUGGAAAUGGAUGUGGUCAAAGUUCUGGAGGUUGUGGGGGCUCAGGUGGUUGUGGUGGUGAUUGUGUUGAUUGUGGUGGAAGUUAUGAAGAUAGUGCAGAAUACAGUGAUGAGUCUACUUCAAGUGAAGAAGUGAGCAGUGGGCGAUCAGGUGAAGCUCAUCUGAUCAACAAAAAAGAUCCUCUCGAUGACUUGGACCUUGAGGACUUGGAGAGAAUUGACAAAGCAGGCUCUACUGAAAAGGGAUUGUAA